AUGAGUCAAAACUCUUCGGAAUCUUCGUUAUUACAAAGUGCAGAUCGAAAACUCACCAUCGACAAUCAAGCUUCAGACCAUGGCAACAUGAGCUCGAUUCCUUCAGUUUAUAGAAAGGGUCUCUCAGUUUCCUCUUAUCCACAAGAAACAUUGAACAAAGAAACCGUCCACAUCAAUUUAGAUCCUAAUACAGCGCCCGCUCGAUACCGUGGCAUUCGUGAUUUAGAUUUAAAUUCGUGGGAUGACGAAGCGGCGGGGAAAUUACGUGUAUCAUUUCGUCCUUCUGGAGAUUUAUACGACUUUUUAUCUCCAUGUAGACGUUCUUUUGGUCUUCGUGCUGUAACUCGCUCUGUAAAUUCGCGGCCUCUAAGACGAACAUUCGGUGUUAUCUGGUUUGUUAACGACUGUUGUGGGGUUGCUUGUAUUUUUAUCACCUGGCUCCUUAUUCUGUAUGCAGAGUUUGUUAUAGACUUCAUAAUACUAAAUCAUUCUCCAUCACAUACCUUCUACUGGAUAAGUGGAAUAAUUUACCAUUUGUUUGCUAUCCUAGCAGUAGUUUCUCAUUUCAAAGCAUUCAGCACUGACCCAGGUAGCAUUCCAAUCGGUGCAGCAAAUCAAGCAUUUGCAAAAUGUUUACAACAGUAUUCUUCUUAUUUAUCUGCUCCUCCUAUACGUUGCACAAAGUGCCUUACUAUUAAACCUAUUCGUGCCCAUCAUUGUCGUAUUUGUCAACGAUGUAUACGUAAAAUGGAUCAUCAUUGUCCAUGGGUAAACAAUUGUGUCGGUGAAGGAAAUCAAAAAUACUUUGUUUUAUUCGCUUUUUAUAUUUGUCUUAUGUCAUUUACUGCUAUUGGAAUGUGUAUUUAUUUCCUUUUACAAUGUUUGGGUUCCGAUUGGGAUGUCUGUCAACAAAACCAAAUUUUCAAUAUACUAGGCAAUUUCAGUUCAUUGGCGUGCAGUGCAUUUGCCCUAGGAUUGAUAUGUGAAUCCUUGAUGUUCGGUAUUUUUACUUUAGUUAUGUGCAUCAGUCAAUUGUGUGCGAUUUCAAAUGAUGAAACAGGCAUUGAAAACAUCAAAAAAGAAGAGUCAUCAUGGGAGAAACAAUCAGCCAGAAAAAAUUUUAUCAAAGCUUUUGGUGCACCAUUUUCAUGGCGAUGGUUUAGUCCAUUCUCAUCACCUUCAUUUGUUCCGACAAUAUUACCAGGACUUCCAGACGAUCUCAAUUUAACUAAUAUGAUAUAUUUAGCUGAACAAAAUGCAACUCGACAAAAUAAAAAUGAAUUUCAGUCAGAUUUUAAUCAAAUUGGAUAUAUUGUUUGA